AUGGAACUGGAUGCCUGGUCAAUGGGCGAGGAGAACGAAUACACCCAAUGCACACCUAAGCUCGAAGACGAGGAGAACAAGCUUCGUUUGAAGCAUAUUGCUGUGGAGAUUGCGGGUGAUAUCGCGGAAGACACUGAGCUCGUUCCUCUGCGAUUAUCCUUGAAUCAGAUAUACAAGGCCUGCGAACCCCUCGAGAGCUUCCAUAUACACUACCCGCACGGCGACCACGCAUCCGACUUUGACAUGUACGACUUCCUUAAGCCGUUCACUGAUCGCGGGCACAAUUUGCAAAGUCUGAGCUACCGCGUCGAACAGUGGAACUGGGGCCGAUUGAACCACGACGCUAUAGAUGUGCUAUACCGGGUAAGCCAGGAAUCCUUUCGACAAGUGCAACAGCUUGCGGUGUACUUCGAGGAAGCAUUGAUGCUUGACGGCCUAUGGAAUGAAGAGGCCAGAUUUAUGAUCCUUAUGCUGAUUCGAAACAACCUCUGGCACCCAGAGCAGCCCAAACUCCCACUGAAAGAACUCAGAUUAACUGGCUUGACAUUGAUGCACAUGUACAAGUCCCUGUCAACAAUCAUCGAUUACAGCAAGCUGCAAAAACUCGACCUAGUAGAAUGCACCGGAUGCUUCAAACUCCUAUCGGAUAUGACAGAUGCGAUGCCAAACCAGCAGUUCGAUCUUACACAUGUUGCCUUGAACGAACUUGUGUCUCCAAAUGGCAUCACCGAACCUGAAGACGAGCGCAACAUACAUUUGGUCAACUUCUUGAAAGCAUGUCCACACAUACGUAGUCUCCAUGUCGGCCUUUCCAACCUCGACCCUCUACCUCCAGGACUGAAACAAUAUCUACAGAGCACAGGCAAGGAGCCCACGAGUCUGAGUCUAUACUCCAAAACCGAGAUAAUCGACGCCGAAGAAUUCGAUCUUGUCUGCCGAUCAUGUCCCAACCUUGAACAACUCGCCGCGGGGGUGGACGAGGAAUUCCUCUUGGCAGAGAUGUGGUACCACAACCUGAGGGACUUUGUAGGCCACUCUUAA